AUGUCUGCCACGUACAAGCAGUUUCUGGCUGCUCCCAACUCGUCGCUGCUCGCGCCGAACGCCACCCUCCUCUACAUCACCACCACCACGACCAUUAAUGGACCUACCGACAUCAUCAAGCACCUCAACACCCAGCGCAACCAGCUGAAGAAGAAGAAGGAGGACAUCCUCGACGUCGUUGAGGGUCGCGAUGCCAUCGCCGCCGAGAUUGAGACUUCGCUGGAGUUUGUAACCAGCGGAGGUGCCUACCUGCCUGGGCUUGACGACAACUUCCUGGCUGACCGCACCGUCCACCUGCCCAUUGUUUGUCCUGCCCCGCGCUCCAAGGAGCCUGCCCUUGAGUGCGCAACCGAGCUAACCUGGGGCCCUUCACAGAUGCACGUCGUCAACUUUGACAGCGAGGGCAAGAUCGCCCAGAUCCGCCAAAGCUGGGACCAAGGAUCACUCCUUAAGCAGCUCGACAUUAUCGGAAAGUCCGGCCGCAACUGGCCCAUCCGUGAUAGCCAGGAGCAGAUCAAGAUGAUCACCAGGGGCCUGAAGGCUACCGGCAAGGUCACCGACGCUCCCGACACCAACGAGCUCAUCAACCGGUCCCGUGGCAGCUCGACCAAUGCCCUCCGCGACCCUCAUGCCUCCCUCUCUCUGUUUGCGCCGAGGGAGCAGCAGGUUGAAGAGAGCCCGGCCAGGUCCAUCGUGUCACCUUAUGCGGGUACCCGACCUCAGCAGCGGUCUUUCAACGAUAUCAUGAGCCACGAGCCUGCCGACGAGCCCACCUCUCCCAGCGCAGGACGCGAUCGCGUUGCUCCCAAGAUCGGUGCCGGAAAGAACUUCCAGCCCAGCCGCCUGUUCGAUGCUGACGAGCACGCCCACGUCCCCGACAGUCCCGAGGAGAAGACGUCACCCGAGAAGUUCAUCCGUCCCAACCCCAAGAAGUUCCAGCACUUUGACUUCGCCGACGGCUCGGACCCGCAAGACACCCCCAAGCCCGCCGACGGCCGUCCCAAGGCCGGCAAGCACGACAGCAGCUGGGGCUUCGAAGACUUCGUCACCCCUCAAAAGGUCAAGCCUACCAAGACUCUCCGCACCCAGGAUGUGCGCCACUGGGAUACUGACGUGGGCCACACCGACUUGAAGGACACCCCCGCGGCCCGUCCCGUUCAGCAGAAGCCCCGCCGCGAUGCCGAGCCGCACUUUGAGUUCCAGGAUGACGGUCCUGAUGGCCAGCCUCGGCCCGCCGGACGCCCCAAGGGCGCCGCGCACAACACAGGCCUGCACCUCUACGAGAACAACCUGUACAGCGAGGACGGCAAGCCCUUGCCUGGAACCGAUUCUGACCAGGCCCUUGGUAACAUCACCAAUCUGAACAACCGCCACAAGGACUUUGACCCUCAUUUCGCCAUGUCUGACGACUCUCCUAGCCAGCAAGCCGGCCUUCAGCAACGGCCUGGUGUUAGCGACUCUCGCAAGAAGGCGGUGAACAUGAUGAACGCCAACUGGGAAUCCUACGACCGGUCCCCGGCAUCCCAGAAGGAAAACAUUGAGCCGGCGCCCACGGGCAAGGCCAAGGGCGGCAUUCACAUUGCUGGCGAUGGCAUGGGCUCCAGAAAGGCGGUCGAAGACCAGGACGGCGACAAGCGUGGUAUCAACAUUGCCGGCGAUGGUAUGGGCGGCAGGAAGGGCACCAACCGCAACUGGCUGUACGGUGGGGAUGACGAGGAGGACACCCCCAAGGCCGUUCCGCCCAAGGGAGGUUCCAAGCCCGCUAGUCUAACCGCGGCUCAGAAGAGCUUCUGGGACUUUUAA